AAGCACACUCUGGCUGUAAGCGGAGUUCCAUGAGUUCCGCAAGUGCUUGUUGAAAUAUGAGUCACAUGUUGCCUCAGAGUGACUGUCACUGUCGGGAAGGAGACAGCAGUUUAGCCGAACUAUGGUCACAGAUGGGGAAUCUCAGUGUGAAAGAACACGGAGAUAUCUCCCCUGGGAUUUGACCUCUUUCCUUAUUUGUAUGAUUGUGGAUUAUCUGUACUGUAUAAGAAGACACAACAAGAGCACACAUCCAUUCAGAAGAAACAGCUGAAGUGAGGACUGGUGAAGGUUUGGACAACGCACAUUCCACUUCCCUUUAGUGCAACUAUAAGGAGACCAUCUAUAGAGACAACGGAAGUAUUAAGCAACCAGGACCUCGUCUACUGUAUUGCUAAAUCUGUAAGAUACAUGCUUGAACCCUAGAUUGUUCAGUAGCUUUAAACACAAUGGGACUGCAUGGUUCCAAAGUUCCCUCAGAAGCUCGGAUUCUAAUGCUUGGCCUUGAUGGAUCUGGAAAGUCCACCUUGCUCUACAAGCUGAAAUACAAUGAGGCCGUGGUGACUGUUCCUACUGUGGGCUUCAACGUGGAGAUGCUGGAGACUAACGAGAAGGGCUUUGUGCUGACCGUGUGGGAUGUCGGGGGCCAGCAUCGGAUGAGGGUUCACUGGGAGCACUACUAUCAGGACACAGCCGGCCUGGUGUUUGUGGUGGACAGCAAGGACGAGACGCGGAUGGCCGAGGCAAAGCAGGAACUGGAAAAGAUCUUGGGAAAUAAGAGUCUGAAAGGCCUUCCAUUGAUUGUGCUAGCCAACAAGCAAGACUUGCCUGGAGCUGCAAGCGCUGGAGAUGUUGCAGAGAUCUUGAACUUGAAGGAGAUUUGUGGCAACAGACACUGGUUUCUUCAGUCAUGUUCGGCCAAGACUGGUGCCGGUUUGGAGGAGUGCUUUCGGAUGAUGGCCCACUUUCUUAAAACUGCAGUACGAGAAGGAGAGGAAUGUCUACAGAGAGGAAGGAAAUCAUUUAAAGCAAAGACACAGCAGGAUUACUGGUAAAUUGAGCCAUUGCUAAAAUCAAUGGACUACAGUUACAGUGACAUGCCAGCAAAAUGUCUCCACAACAUAACA